UGAGAUGCGCCCAGCGAACCAGUUAUACUGGCAUCUCCGUUGUAUUUGCCGUAUCUAGAGACUCUGCGCGGGGAGCGACCGACCGUUAGCUCGAAGGCGACCGUUAACUUUUACAGCUCCUCCCGGGAAAAACCGCUUCUGUCAGCUAGCAACCAAGCUAACGCUAACGGUGCUGAGAGAGCUCACCUGGACAUCGCUGCGGCCAGGUCGCGGAAUAAAUUAAAAGAGGUUUAUUUUCUAUUUGUUUUACUUUAGAAAACUCAAGGAGUGUAACGUUGAUGAGGAGAAGACGCAGCUGUUGCAGAUGUGAAAGGUAGCGUCCUGCUUUGGGUCUCUAACGUAACUCAACGUUAUAUGAAUUCGCACUUUUAGCAUCAUUACUAAUUAACCAGUCAGUUAUUGCAUCGAUGAAAUCUGGACCUUGAGUCUGAAAUAAAGGUUUGUUUUAUUUAUUGUACUACAUCGAGUGAGACUUCAAUGUCCGGGGAAACAGCGAUCGACAGGUGUACAGUCUCUGAAGAACGGAAGUCCUCUCCCUCCCCUCCUGAAACUGGAUUUUGACCGUCCGACAAUGGAUUUUCCCCAAUAACCUUCCCUUAGUUCACAGUGAUCAUAUAUUUGACUGACUGUUUACUUCGGCGUUGUGUUUCCCUGUCAUGGGAUGACCGGUUAGUGCAACGAUGGCUGUCAGUGUUCAUGCUUAAGUGACCGUCGCGGUGGGAGCAUCCUAAACUAGAAGACACCAGCUUCUGCAGUUGCCCCUUUUACCGCUUCACACCAGCGCCGUCACACAGAAAUGGGCUUCUACUUACCUGUGACAAAGACUUUGCGGAGGUGGAAAUAUUUUCUGGUGCUCUUUGUCUCGCUGUCGGUGCUGGCAUGGAUCGCAACCUUUUCAGGCGAAACCGUGAAAUCCGGGCCGGCGUUGCCCGCCUCACCGCAGACUCUUGUCCAAGCCGACGUUGUGAAGGACAGACUUGACACGCCGCCGCCGGAUCGAUUAACAACUCCACCGCAAAAAGUCGAAUGUCCUCAGGAGUCACCGUUGCUACAGGGAGCUGUGAAGCUGUCCUUUGAAUCCUCUCUGACACUGAAGGACGUGGAGGGUAGAAACAAAGGAGUGAGUGAAGGCGAGUACGAGCCCUCCGACUGCACGGCGAGGCAGAGCGUGGCGGUCCUCAUCCCUCAUCGCAGCAGAGAGAGACACCUCCUCUACCUCUUGAACCACCUGCACCCCUUUCUGCAGAGGCAGCAGCUGCACUACGCCAUUUAUGUCAUCCAGCAGGCUGGCGAUGCAACUUUUAACCGUGCCAAGCUACUCAACGUUGGGUAUUUGGAGGCCCUGAAGGACUACAGUUGGGACUGUUUCAUCUUCCAUGAUGUCGACCUGGUCCCCGAAAAUGAUCAUAAUGUAUACGUCUGCGACAAGCAGCCCAAACAUCUGGUGGUCGGCAGGAACGCCACAGGAUACAAGCUGCGCUACAAAGGCUACUUUGGAGGGGUCACAGCUAUGACCAGAGACCAGUUUCAUCAAGUGAAUGGAUUCUCUAACACUUACUGGGGUUGGGGCGGAGAAGACGAUGACCUGCGCAUCAGGGUCGAGCUGCAGAAAAUGACGAUUGUGCGCCCGCCCGCCGACAUCGCUCGCUACACUAUGGUGUUUCACAAACGGGACAGUGGCAACGAAAUAAACAAAGACAGGAUGAGGUUGUUAGGACGAACACCCCUGGUAUGGAAAAAGGACGGACUGAACAGCUGCUCCUAUGAGACUGUGUUGCUGGAGCGGCAGCCUCUUUAUGUGAAUGUCACUGUGGACAUCGGUAAGCCACAGAACUGACAUUAAAACGAGGACCAAAGAAACACUUUAUAAUACACGUCUUUCUGGACCGAGCAACGUUACUGACUACGCUGAUUUGGUAACAGUAUUCUUGGACUGCUCUCUUCACGUGAACUUUAUUCUAACUCUCCCCCUGUUGAUGAGCUGAAGGACUGUUUGUAAGUCUACAGAAAGCUGCAGCCAUCAGACAGAUCGGGUCAGAGUGACUAGAUUUAAGUUUUCUAGGUUGUUGGUGGUCGGUCGGUUCAUUUCAUGUUAACAUUCCAUUUAUGAUUGUUUUACUGUUGAAAACUUUACAUGUGAAAGUAUUGAUACGCUACAACUUGUCAAUCAGAUUUUUUAGGUAAUCUUGUAGCAGCAAACAUUUCACAUUUCACAGCAGAGAUUUUUUUAUUUUAAUUUAUUCGUAAUAAAAAUGAAUGUAUAAAAUGCAAAGAGAUGACAUACUAAUUCUGGAUGAUAUUUCAGAUUUGUUUUGAAUCUUUGCAGUGGUAUGGGAUGAUUUGUCUGCUUGAUCGUAGAACCCAGAUCAUCACAUCUAAUGUGAUUUAUUUUUUUAGAACACAUAUAAUUGUAUUAUAAAUUGUAUUCUGGUGUCUAUAAAUGCAGGGCUAGAAUCUGCAGUUGUUGCGCUGCAAUUGUAGUUUAUUUAUAAGAUAUGCAUUUGAAUAUAUAACUGUAUAUAUUUCGGACUAGAUGGUUUUAGGAUUAAACAAUCUCCCUCUAAAAAG